UGAGCAUGAUUGGUCUGUUGUUUCAGCAAAGCUAACCUCGCUUCCUGUUAUUGGUUGUACUUCUUUUAACGUGUCAUAAACAGUGAAAUCCAGAUGGUGACCGAAAUAAUCUGGAUUGUAACAUUCUAAAUUAAUGAAGCGGUGAAAUAUUGGAAUUUGGGGGUUUAAAAAGGCGAGAGAGGAAUAAUGGAGAAUAUUCAAAAUCUUCCCAUCGAUAUACAGACCAGCAAGCUUUCAGACUGGCUGCUGGAUCGACGUCACUGUAACGUGAAAUGGCAAAGUGCAAUAAAGACAAUCAGAGAGAAGAUCAAUACCGCCAUUCAGGACAUGCCAGAAAAUGAGGAGAUCAAGCAGCUUCUGUCAGGCUCCUACAUUCACUACUUCCACUGUCUGAGAAUCGUGGAAAUACUGAAGGGGACUGAGGCAUCAUCAAAGAACAUCUUUGGCAGAUAUUCAUCUCAGAGAAUGAAGGACUGGCAGGAGAUUAUUUCUCUGUAUGAAGCUGAUAACGUGUACCUGGCGGAGGCGGCCAGCUUGCUGAGUCGUAACGUGAGUUAUGAAGGGCCGGCUCUCAGGAAACAACUGGCUAAAGCUCAACAGCUGCAGCAGGAACUCAGCAGGCGGGAGGUGGAGUGUCAGAGCUCAGUAGUAGAGCUGAGGGAGCGCUACUACGCUGCCUGCAAACAGUAUGGAAUCACUGGUGAAAAUGUUCCCCGAGAGCUUCAGGCUCUGUUGAAAGACUUACCGGCUGUCCUUGAGGAAGUCGGGAAGGAUGCAGCAAAGUUAGAGAAACAAAUCCAACUCUACGUUGCUUUCUCAAACUUUGUGUGUAACUGGUCUGAGCCGGUUCUGCCGAUGCUGACGUUUGCACAGAAGAAAGGGAACGUCACAUUUUAUGAGUGGAAAACUGGCAAAGUCCCGGUGGUUGUUGAAAGGCCGGUCGUGGAGGAAGUAAUACCUGAAGCUUUGACAGAGAAUACGAUCGACUGGGGUGAUUUUGGUACAGGAGCAGAUGGUGAUGGGGUAAAUGCUGUCGUCGCAGUGGAGGAUGGAAUAGACUGGGGCAUCAGUCUGGAUUCUACAUCUGAGGGCGCUGAUGCAGGCGGCAUCGACUGGGGCGACAGCAACGUGGCUCCAGUUGAAAUCGAGAUAGUAGAUGUGGGCACAGACUGUCCUGAGGGUGUUGCGCGGGGGGAGGAUGCUCUGAGUUUACUGGAAAACUCUCAGUCACGCAGCCAGUUCAUCGAUGAGCUGAUGGAGCUAGAGACGUUCCUCACCCAGCGCAUCUGUGAGAUGGGGGAGGAGGGUGAUGUGGUGGCUAUGAGCCAGUUCCAGCUGGCCCCCUCUGUCAUCCAGAACCAGACCCAAGGACACGUCCAGGACAUGCUGUCUCAGGUGCAGGACCUUCUGGGUCGGCUCACCUCUCUGCGGAUGCAGCACCUGUUCACAAUCCAGGCCUCACCCAGGUAUGUUGAGCGUGUAUCAGAAAUGCUGAGACAGAAGCUGAAGCAGGCAGACAUUCUGGUGCUGAAAGCCGCUACCAUGGCUGAGAAGAGGCAGGAGGCCCUACAGGAGCAGUGCAGGCUGGAGCCUUGUGUUGACCUGCUGGCAGGAUGCACCCGGGAGCUCCAGAAACUGAUUGAAGCAGACAUUUCUAAGCGAUACCACAACAGACCAGUCAACCUAAUGGGAGUCAAUAUUUAGUGAUGUUCACCUGAAUAUUUUGUCAUGAUUGACAGAGAAAUAAAAAUGGUAUUUAAUUUCAA